GCAAGAAUCGUCAUGGACAGAGUCAUCAACAUCCUCCUCCUCCUUGUCAUCAUUUCCGACAUCCUUGUCAAAAUCUCUGCCUUUCUCACCCCCCAGCAAACAAGAUAAACCAAAGCCUUGCCACUUCUGGUUCAAGAACGGGCGGUGCAGGUACGGCUCUCAGUGCCGCUUCUCGCACGUCAGAGAGGACGAGGACGCGUCAAGAGCGAGGGCGAUGAAUCGAGAGGAGGUCAACUUUGACUCUUCUCCCCUGCCUUUUCACCAGCUAGCUGGACAGGUGCAUCGAGGAGGAAGCGAACAGAGCUCCGUUCCCGCCGCCGCCGCCGCCGCCGCCGCCGCCGCCGCCGCUGUCCCUCCUCCUCCUGCUCCUCCUGCUUCUUCCUUACAGAUCGUUCAGUCGGUCUGGGAUACAAGGAAGCACGAGCGAGGAGGAAGUAUCCCUGCCUUCCAGCCCUACCUACCAACACCCGAGAGCCAAUCAGAGACAGCAGCAGCAGCAGCAGCGGCGGCGGCAGGAGCAGCAGCAGCAGCGGCAGGAGGAGCAGCAGCAGGAGGGCAGGUAACAGAGAAGGUGUCUCAAGCGGAGCUGCAAAAGGCGAUCAGAGUCUACAACGAAAUCUUCACCAAGACUAUCCGCGAGUCAGACGAUCCAAUCCACGUCUCCCGAACCCUCCGUGGGCAUCUAGUGUAUGACGAGGCGAGGGGGUGGGAGUACUGCCCUGGUCUUUCCCUCUCCUCUUGGCCUGCUAACUGCCCCCUCCUCCACCUCGCAGCCAAGUACGGAAGGCACAAAGUUACCCACGUGCUCCUCUCGGAGUUUGGAGUGGACGUGAGCUGGAAGGACAGGAAGUCAAGCAACACUGCUCUGCACAUCGCCUCCUACUACGGGCAGAGGGCCGUAGUCGAAGUUCUGCUAGAGCACAGGGCGGACCCAAGGAGCAAGAACAAGCUCGGGGAGACGCCGCUGGACAGUCUGCAGCAGCAAAGGCAUAGACAGCGACCGGAAGAACUUCAAGGAGAACGACCGUCGUGGGCUCUUCCCUCAAUGGGAGGAGACGACUCGGCUGUUGACGGAGAUGGCGAGCCGCUGAGCUGACCGUCCGACUGUCGGAGCGCCGGGCUCCUGGCCCAGUGGAGGCCGGUCAGCAGGCGGGGCCCUGCCCGCGGGGCGCGUUCACCGCUGGCUGGCUAGUCGUGAAGUUGCUGAGUAAAUUUACGACACUG